UAUAUAAUUGGGAAGGGUUUAUUGAGUGUCGUGUGUAUUGGUAAGGCGCAGUAAGAGGAAAGUGCAUAAUCUUAUCUAUGGCGUCUGCUUUUGUUACCAUCUCAACACCUUUGUUCCUCAACAAAUCAGCUACCCCUUCACUCUCUCAGCAGAGACUUGCAGGAUUGAAGAGAAAUUCUUUGAAAAUCAAUGCCAUUUCCAAAACAUGGGAGCCCUCCAAGGUUGUUCCUCAAGCGGAUAGAGUCCUCAUCCGUCUUGAAGACCUACCCGAUAAAUCUUCUGGCGGAGUUUUGUUGCCCAAAUCAGCUGUGAAGUUUGAGCGAUAUCUAAUGGGAGAGGUACUAACUGUUGGUUCCGAGGUGGGGGAAGUUGAGGCUGGAAAGAAGGUUCUUUUCUCAGAUGUAAAUGCUUAUGAGGUUGAUUUAGGAACAGAUACCAGGCACGUCUUUUGCAAAGCUGGUGAUUUGCUCGCUGUGGUUGAGUAAAUUUCAGUAUUUUGGCAAGCUUUCCAAAAGCUCAAUUUUCUAUCAGUAGUUGUUUCGGGCACCAUUGAUAUAUAAGGGAUCUUUCCCAUUGGGUAUUUUAUUAUGGAGAGUAAGCUCUAUCAGGAACUAGUUAUAUUGCAUUCCUUGUAUCAUGUAUCUUAAUUUUUAUGUGCUAAAACAAUAAUUUGUAUUAUUAGUUAAUAGUUGUAGCCUUGGAUUUAUGUUUUAUGAGAUAUCUUGAGGAACUUGCACUUUGUUUA